AAACUGCGUAGUGGAGAAUUGGAACCCGAGUAAGAGCUGAUCUCGGGGCAGCUAACAGUUCACCGUCAUAUAUGUUGGAGGAGGAAACGGGCGCCGGGAACAAGGCGUUCGUUUUUAUUUUCAGAGGCGACCCGUUAGGGCGGAGUUUACCGCCCUCUAAAUGGCAAUGCACAAAAAUGAGGCGUUAGCGCCGCUCAUCCGGAGAACUCCGGCAAUAAAAACACGGUGACAAACCGUUAAAUUACAAUCGGAGCAGAGGAAUUUGGUCAAAAAGAAAGCCAAGCCCCCUUCACAGUUUACUGCUCCAUUAACGUGUCCACUUUAGCUUAAGUCCGUCAUAGCGCAGAAACGUAGUUUUAAUUCACUCAGCGGGACACCCUGGAAGAGCCGGAGAAACAUCAGGAAGAUGCUGAGCAACACGCUCUUGAUGUGAAAAUUGUUACGGGAAGAUGUGAGAUGAUCCUGGAGAAAACAGCGACCGAGGCCAACGACAUCAUGUUGGUCCGGAGCUCGCACGGCCGAGGCCGAGCGAAAGUGACUCACGCGGUGGUGGUGAUCUUCCUGGAGUUCUUCGCCUGGGGGCUGCUGACCACACCCAUGCUGACCGUCCUCCAUGAGACGUUUCCUCAGCACACCUUCCUGAUGAACGGCCUGGUUCAGGGGGUGAAGGGCUUCCUGUCGUUCCUGUCGGCUCCUCUGAUUGGUGCGCUGUCAGAUAUCUGGGGCAGGAAGUCCUUCCUCCUCAUGACAGUUUUCUUCACCUGCGCCCCCAUCCCCUUCAUGAGGAUCAGCCCAUGGUGGUAUUUUGCUCUGAUCUCCGUCUCAGGGAUUUUCGCCGUGACCUUCUCGGUGAUCUUCGCCUACGUCGCCGACAUCACGGAGGAGCACGAGAGGAGCACGGCUUACGGACUGGUCUCGGCGACCUUCGCGGCCAGCUUGGUGACGAGCCCCGCCAUCGGGGCCUACCUGUCCGCGCAGUACGGCGACAGCCUGGUGGUCCUGGUCGCCACGGUGAUUGCCGUCGCUGACAUCGCCUUCGUGUUCUUCGUUGUCCCAGAGUCGCUGCCGGACAAGAUGCGGCUGACGUCCUGGGGCUUCCCCAUCUCGUGGGAGCAGGCGGACCCCUUCGCUUCUCUGCGGCGUGUGGGGAAGGACACCACAGUGCUGCUGAUCUGCGUCACCGUGUUCCUGUCCUACCUGCCCGAGGCGGGACAGUACUCCAGCUUCUUCCUCUACCUGAGACAGGUGAUCGAGUUUUCUCCUGCAGCCAUCGCCGCCUUCAUCGCCAUGGUGGGAAUUCUCUCCAUCGUCGCUCAGACUCUGUUCUUCAGUGUUUUGAUGAGGACCAUCGGGAACAAGAACACGGUUCUUCUGGGUCUGAGCUUCCAGCUGCUCCAGCUGACCUGGUACGGCUUCGGCUCGGAGCCAUGGAUGAUGUGGGCAGCAGGAACAGUAGCAGCCAUGUCCUCCAUCACCUUCCCAGCAGUCUCAGCUCUGGUGUCACACAGUGCAUCACCUGAUCAGCAAGGUGUGGCCCAGGGGAUGAUCACAGGUAUCAGAGGUCUGUGUAACGGUUUGGGUCCUGCUCUCUACGGCUUCAUCUUCUUCCUUUUCAACGUGGAGCUGAACGACAUGGAGCCAGCAACAGGAAGAAGCUCACAGAGCACAGAGAAGUCCGUCAUCCCGGGUCCUCCCUUCCUGUUCGGAGCGUGUGCCGUCUUGUUCGCUCUCCUCGUCGCCAUCUUCAUCCCUGAGCACCGCCAGUUGGCCGACAUCAAGACCUGCUCGGCCCGCAAGUCCAGCAGCACCUCCACCGCAAACUCUCAGAACGCCAGCCCUCUGGCCACGCCCACCAGUGACACAGAGGACAUUGAGCCGCUCCUACAGGACAGCAGCAUGUGACUGACAGCUGGCCCGGCCAGUCGGAGCGCAGAGGCCGUUUGCUAGCUCCGCCCCCUUCACAAUAAACAGGUUUCAGGCUUUUCUCUCUC